ACUAAUUGCUAACAAUAAACCAUCAAAAAAAAAAACCCCACUUGUUUAUAUAUUAUUCUUUUAUAACAGGGUACGAUUCUCAGGAGUUCUGCCACUUUUCUGCUUCUACUUUGUUUCUGACGUCACUGCGUUGUGAACAUUUAUAAACCUUCUCCACUUCCUUCUACUCUCACUUCUUCUGUCAGACUCACUUCCUGUUCUAACAAGCCAAUGCUACUCUUAACAUGAUUGUAACCAAUUGUGGUUUUGGUGGAACACAAUCUUGACCAAGAGGAGUGAUGAACAUCUCCACGUUCAUGGACGAGGACCAUGCCAGAACCUUGUACAUCACCUUCUUCCUGGCUGUCAUCAUCAACUGCAGCAACGGACUGUUUGUCAUUGUUUACUUUAGGGAUCCUCAGUUUAGGACAGAUGCCAGGUAUAUUCUCUACAUCCACCUGGUGAUCAACGACAUCCUCAUGUUAAACUUUACGGUGGCCCUGCAGCUCAUCGCCUACGCCGUCAACAUCACCUUUGCUCCCUGCUGCUUCCUGCUGCUGUUGCUGGUCACAACCAAGCUGUAUCAGACCGGUUCAUUCAUUCAUUCAAUCAUAUGGUCACGUGUACAGACAAAACUAGGAACACAUGUUGAAAAUCUUCUUCUUGUCUGUCCUGCCAGGAACAGUCCUCUGAACUUGGCCUGCAUGGCUCUGGAACGCUACGUGGCCGUGUGUCGACCUCUCCAUCACACCCAGUUGUGCACAGCCCAGCGAGCCCACAUCCUGAUUGCCCUGAUCUGGGUAAUCUCUCUCAUCCAACCCGUUUCCGACAUCAUCGUCAGCGUCAGCAGUCAGCCUUUUGAAUUCCUCUCCGGAUACGUUGUCUGUUAUCCGGACUUCGUGCAUAAAACACCGUACCAUAAGAUCCAGAGCGUGGUGGUCCAGGUUCUUCUCUGGGUUUUCAUCCUCCUUACUUUGGUGACCACCUACGUGAAGGUGGUCUUUGCAGCCCGGGCAGCAUCUGGUUCUCACCAGGCUUCGGCCAGAAAUGCUCGUAACACCAUCCUGCUGCACAGUGUGCAGCUCCUCAUCUCUACGUUGUCCUACAUUUCUCCUGUCAUUAGCACUUUGUUGCUCAGCACAUGGCCUAAAGACCACAAUACCAUCCUGUUUGUUUCCUUCCUGUUCACCAACGUUCUUCCACGUCUGCUCAGUCCACUCAUCUACGGUGUCAGAGACACAAAGUUCAGGAACCAAAUCAGGCUCCUCCUUCAUUGCCCUCACUGUUUUGCUGCCCACACGAAGAAGAACGUAGUACAAGUCCGGAAAAGGUCCAAACAGGUUCUGCAUUGAAUUUGCAUCUCUUUUUUUUUACAGAGACAAUAUUUUCAGACUGAUUCACAAUCUUGUGCAAAGUGGAAUUUAUAGAGAACUAUGUGAUUUUUUUUCAAAUAAAAAUAUUAUAA